AUGCCGAGAAAUCAAUGUUGUGAACCAGGAUUGGGAGCUAGUGUGAUGUACAAUCUUUUAUAUAAUAGUCCACAAAAAUUAAUGUUAUUAGCUGGCUGUAGUACGGUUUGUACAACAGUUGCCGAAGCUGCAAAAAUGUGGAAUUUAAUCGUGCUUUGUUAUGGUGCAUCGAGUCCAGCACUAUCAGAUCGUAGCAGAUUUCCUACAUUAUUUCGUACCCACCCAUCAGCCACCGUACAUAAUCCAACUAGAAUAAAAUUAAUGAAAAAAUUUGGUUGGUCACGUGUUGCCAUAUUACAACAAGCUGAAGAGGUCUUCAUAUCGACAGUUGAAGAUCUUGAAAAUCGAUGCAUGGAAGCUGGCAUCGAAAUAGUAACUAGACAAUCAUUUCUAUCCGAUCCAGCUGAUGCUGUUAGAAAUUUACGUCGUCAAGAUGCUAGAAUAAUUGUAGGUCUUUUUUAUGUUGUAGCUGCUCGUCGUGUUUUAUGUGAAAUGUUUAAACAGAAAUUAUUUGGUCAUCAACAUGUUUGGUUUUUUAUUGGUUGGUAUGAAGAUAAUUGGUAUGAGGUGAAUUUAGAAAAAGAAAAUAUAUCAUGUUCACGUGAUGAAAUGAAAGAGGCUGCCGAAGGACAUUUAACAACUGAAGCAUUAAUGUGGAAUCAAAAUAUCCAUGAGAAAACAAUAUCUGGAAUGUCAUCAGACGAAUUUCGACAACGUUUGAAUGCAAAACUUCAACAAGAUGGAUAUGAUAUUUCACAUAAUCGAUAUCCAGAAGGAUAUCAAGAGGCACCAUUAGCAUAUGAUGCUGUUUGGAGUGUUGCAUUAGCAUUUAAUAAAACAAUGGAAAGACUUAGUGCUAGAAAACGUUUUCUUAAAGAUUUUACAUAUACAGAUAAAGAUAUAGCUGAUGAAAUAUAUGCUGCCAUGAAUUCAACGCAAUUUUUAGGAGUAUCGGGUUGGGUCGCAUUUAGUUCACAAGGUGAUCGUAUAGCUUUAACACAAAUCGAACAAAUGAUAAAUGGUAAUUACGUUAAAUUAGGUUACUACGAUACGCAAGCAGAUAAUUUAACGUGGUUAAAUAAUGAAAGAUGGGUUGACGGAAAAGUACCUCAAGAUCGCACAAUAGUUAGACAUGUAUUACGAACAGUCUCUUUACCACUGUUUGUAUGCAUGAGUACGAUAUCCAGUUGUGGAAUUUUAGUAGCCUUAGCUUUAAUCGUGUUCAAUAUAUGGAAUAGUCAUAGAAGAGUAAUACAAUCAUCACAUCCAGUUUGUAAUACAAUUAUGUUAUUUGGUGUUAUAACGUGCUUAGCAUCAGUAAUUUUAUUAGGAAUGGAUGGUCGUUUUAUUAGUCCAGAAACAUAUCCAGAGAUAUGCCAAGCACGAGCAUGGCUCCUUUCAACAGGAUUCACAUUAGCUUAUGGUGCAAUGUUUAGUAAAGUAUGGAGAGUUCAUAGGUUUACAACAAAAGCGAAAACGGAUCCUAAGAAAAAAGUCGAACCAUGGAAACUGUAUACAAUGGUAUCAGGUUUACUAUCUAUAGAUUUAGUUAUAUUAAUUUCAUGGCAAAUAUUUGAUCCAUUACAACGUAGUUUAGAAUCAUUCCCUUUAGAAGAUCCAAUUUCAAAUGUAGAUGAUAUUAAAAUUCGUCCUGAAUUGGAACAUUGUGAAAGUGAAAGAAAUUCAAUGUGGUUAGGUCUUAUAUAUGGAUUUAAAGGACUUAUAUUAGUAUUUGGUUUGUUUUUGGCUUACGAAACCCGUUCAAUAAAAGUUAAACAAAUCAAUGACUCAAGGUAUGUCGGUAUGAGUAUAUAUAAUGUGGUUGUGUUAUGUUUAAUAACAGCACCAGUUGCAAUGGUGAUAGCAUCACAGCAGGAUGCAUCAUUCGCAUUCAUUUCAUUAGCUGUAAUAUUUUGCUGUUUUCUUAGUAUGCUAUUAAUAUUUGUGCCAAAGGUAAUUGAAGUAAUACGACAUCCAAAAGAUAAGGCUGAAUCAAAAUAUAAUCCAGAUUCAGGUAUAUCAAAAGAGGAUGAAGAACGAUAUCAAAAAUUGGUUACAGAAAAUGAUGAAUUACAACGACUGAUAGCACAGAAAGAAGAUAAAAUUCGUUUAUUACGACAACGUUUAGCUGAACGUGAAGCUAAUAAACCUCCUGGAUCAUUAGAUAAUAAUUCAAUGGGUGGUGGUGGUGUUAGUAGUGGUAUUAAUACUAGUGGUAAUAGUGGUAUACCAAAUCCAGGUGGUGGAAUUCCAGCAACUGGUAUAGGUCCUGGUGUUACAAUAACAACACCAACAUCUUUAGCAAUACAACAACAACAUCAACAGCAACAACAGCAACAGCAACAAGAAUUUCAUGAACAUCAUUCUUGAAAAUAAAGUCAAUUCAAUAUUAAAACAAAGCACAUGACGUCGUGAUAGUUAUAAACAAUAUAUUUAAAAUAAUAUUAUUUAUUAUAAAUUAAUAUAAAAAAAAAUUACAAAAAAUUA